AUGAACUCAUUCCUCAUGGGUUACCCGCAUCAUCCACACGUUCAAGCCCCCAUGGGCUCAAGCUUAGAUCCGAAAUUCCCUCCGAGCGAAGACUACACGAACUACACAAAUAUUAACAUGACGCACACAAACGUGGAUUACCUGCAUCAUCAUCAAGCUGCUGCUGUCGCGAACGGCUUCAAUCAUCAUCACCAUCAAAACGGGAAUUACAAUUACGGGCAACAUUUUUACCAUCCACACAAUUAUGGGACGCCUCAAAUUGCUCCCGCUCCGCCAGCAGCAGCUCCUCCGCCUGUCGUUCCGCCGCCAACGUCAACGCAUCACGCGACAGCUUCAGCAGCAAACCUCCAAAAUGCGAACAAUUACAACAGCGCGAAUAGUUAUUAUGGCGGUUAUUAUGCUGCGAAUUCGAGUAAUACGCCGCUCAUGGAUUUACCGCUGCAAUGUAGCACGGCAGCAGAACCACAAAAUACAGCGCUUGGAUUACAGGAAUUAGGCAUGAAACUCGAUCGCAGGAUCGAAGAAGCAGUUCCCGCUGCCCAACAACUACAGGAACUCGGCAUGAGACUUCGGUGUGAUGACAAUAGCUCAGAUCAGGAUGAUCUUUUAGACGAAGAUCGCUUAAUGUUAGAUCGCUCUCCCGAUGAAAUGGGCGACGAUGACUUAGAUGGGCUAGAUUCCGAUGACGAUUGCGACGAUGCAACAUUGGGCGGCGGAAGCGAUGGCGAACGCGUCAUUUAUCCUUGGAUGAAGAAAAUUCACGUUGCUGGAGUUGCGAACGGUUCAUUCCCGCCAGGCAGUGAGCCCAAGAGACAACGAACUGCCUAUACGAGACACCAAAUUUUGGAGCUCGAGAAGGAAUUUCAUUACAAUCGAUAUUUGACGCGACGAAGACGCAUCGAGAUCGCUCACACGUUGGUUUUGUCGGAGCGUCAGAUCAAAAUUUGGUUUCAAAAUCGCCGAAUGAAAUGGAAAAAGGAUAAUAAACUGCCAAAUACGAAAAAUGUACGGAAGAAAAAUCCCGAUGGAAGUCUCGUUAACCCACCGCCUGCCAAGAAAUCGAAGAGAUCGCAGAACAAAAAGCAGCAACAGCAGCAGAAUAAUGUUUCGAAUGAGUGUAUGAGAUCCGACAGCCUUGAAAGCAUGGGAGAGCAGCAACAUUACAUCUCAGCAUCGGACGUAACGGGUUUGAUUAAUAGCAGUGUCGAUUCGAGUCUGAAUUCACAACAACAACAACAACAACAUCAGCAGCAGCAGCACGAGAGCAACAAACAUUCGACAAACAACAAUGAUAACAGCAAUAAUUUGAUGAAUCUCCACGCAAAUUUAAAUUCAAUUAAUAUCAAAAGUGAUUAUGGCUUGACAACGUUGUAA